AUGCCUCAUUAUCUUAUCCUUAGUAUUUUAUCAACACAACAAUUAAUAUCAAAUGAAACAACAUUUCAUACAAUUUAUGUUCAUUUAUAUAUCUAUCUGAUUUAUUUCUAUCAAGCAUAUUUAUAUGAUUUAUGUGAUGAUUAUUUUUGUACAUGGUUUAAUAAAAAUGAUUUAAUAACAUCAUUAAUAAGUUAUUAUUUAUGUAAAUCUGGUAUAUUACUUGGACAAACAACAAAAGAAUAG